AUGAAAGAUUUAUAUGAAAAUACAUCUGAUAUAUCACAAAUAGUAAAUAAGAGUAGACAUCCAAGAGCUGAUAUUUGGAAUUAUUUUAUCUGUAGAGAAUCUGAUGGUAAAGGCCACUAUAGCGCCAAAUGUGGUGUUUCUGAUGAAAUAAGACAUCAUUGGCUAGUUGAAGAUCUUCUUAACCUUUCUGAACCAGUGUAUACUUCUUCUAGAAGAGUUACACUAGCCGAACGUAUACUUGAAAAAGAGGCUGCUCUAAUAACUGUACAAACUAAUAAUUUACUUGACAAGAAGAAUCAUUUAACUUUAGAUAAAAAAUGUUAUAU